ACAAGGGUCAGAGAGAAACUGGCAAAUUACUUGGCGCCUGAGAUUCGUAGCAGGUGGUACAAUAGUAUACUCGAGACGUGAUAUCUAAUCAUUGAAUGACUGUUGUGUGCUGCAAUUACAAUACUGGACGGUAUGGGGCGCUGCCGACUAUGCACUUUGAGACGACUGCUUGGCAUGCUGGUACUUUUCUGUGCCGCCAACAUGGCUUGGAUGUUCUUCUACUUAAAAGACAUGGUUCCUAUCAAUCGAGAUGAAGUGAACGUCUCAGGGCAUCUGCUGAGUAACGCCACUGUAGCUGCCCACCUCAGCCCCACUCCCGAUAUCCAGUAUCUGAACAUGCUGAACAGACUGCCGAUCGAACCAAGGGGACUCAGAAUAACAGGGGAAUACAACUCAAUUGCAAAAAUGAUAAGAGAAAAGAUACGACAUCUGCUAAGUCCACGUCAGAACAUGGUGCUAUUUUCCGAAUUCGAUGCUAAUUUUGAACGUUGCAACCUGUCACGAUUAGACGGUAAAAACUGCUUUGGUACAACACCCAUGAAGCACCACAGCACAUGCGCAGUUGUCGGCAGCAGCGGCAUUCUUCUCAACAGCUCCUGUGGGAACGAGAUCGACUCUCACGACUACGUCAUACGCUUCAAUCUCGUUCCCCUCAUCAAGCACGCAAGGGAUGCCGGGAUGAAGUCGAACCUGACCGUCAUGAACGUGUAUCGGAUGAGAGUCAUGGUCAAGAGAAUGGAAGGGGGAAGCAGGAGAGCAUGGGAACGAUUCGAGAGGAUCAACAAUUCUAUGAUCAUAUACCCGAAAAGGUUGAGUCGGACCGCGUACCAAUACAGGAGGUAUUCGGAACUACUGCAGCUUUUUAGGAACAGAUCAAGAACUGCAACGAAGAAAAAAAAGAAGGUUUACCUGCCCCUACUCUACUCUAUAACAGGUGUCAGGAACAUAACAACAGAUUUCAUCAACGAGAUCUACGAUUACCCAGGAUUCCAUUCACCGACCAUCGGCCUUAUGACGUCAUUCAUCGCUUUGUCGUUCUGUGAUCACGUGUCACUCUACGGCUUCUAUCCCCUAGCAACGGACGUCAACAACCGAACUGUCAAAUUCCAUUACCAUGACGACCCGUUACCAGGGGAGGGUAAAAUUCUCAAACCGCACAUGUUUAAUGUAGAGUAUGACUUCAUGAGGAACCUACAUAGAAUAGGCAUAUGGAAUCAUAGAAUCACAAACUGUAAUUAAGCAAAAAUGUUUCUUAAUUUGUUUAGCAUCUAUUUUUAAAGCUGUUUCUCUGUCUUAGAGAGAAGUUAUAAAAAGUUCCCGUAGUUUGGCAAACGGUAUAGUAACAAAAGUUAAGGUUGAAUAGAAACGUAGAUACAUUUCA